CCACAGUUAUGUCGAUAAAAUCUUUAGUCGCGUCAAAGAAAACAGUGUGUUUACGUUGUGUUAAACUGUUAAUACAUUUUACUAUUAAAAUGGCUGAUGAUUUUUUUGACAAAAAGAAAGAUGAAGCACCUAUACUGGACUUGUCUAAAACUAUUAUUAACACCGCCGAAGAAUAUAGGGCAGUAAUGGACAAAGUGCCAGAUUUCAAGACAAGACCGGAAAAGGUCAAGGCAGAAGAUGUCAAAAUUAAGGAUAGACCUGAAGAUCAAAAGACUAAUACCCCAAAAAAAGAAAUACGGGCUUACGAAAAAUUGGGGACGAGAGGUUACGAAGAAAAGCAAUUUACAUUUAUGGAUCCUAUACCAGUAGAAAUGCGGAGCUUAAAAUUUGAAGAACUAUGUACAGUUCCCAUAGAAUGGAAAAUGCUUACUUCUAUUAGGCCAAAAUCCAAACUCGACGAAGAAUAUUUCAAUAGAUUAAUAGAACUGAGAAAAGCAGAAAUUCGUACUAGGGCAAAAGAUAAAAGGGACAUGACAAAAAAUACAAUGAUUAGGAAGACUAAGAACCGCUCUGGUGUUACUGAAACCAGGAUCCUCACAUGCGCUGAAUGCGGUGAAGAAUUCUGCAACGGAAAGAUGUGCGCUAUAACGAAUUACGACAUGUUUGCUCGACUCAAGGUAGAAGUAGAAGCGAAGUCGUCAAAGCAGGCUGCGCCGGCGCAGGCGGGCGGCAAACUAAAGAAAAUGAGGAAGAAGGGCCGCCGCAAACCUCGCAGCAAGAGUGCAGCGCCCGUACAUUGCAACUUCAACACUAAGUCCGGCGCCAAGAGUGACUCUGAAUUAUAAUUUUUUUAUAGCAUUAUUGUGUCAUGCAAAAUGACGCGCCCGACUAUCGCAGACAGAUUAACCGAUUAUUUCCAGAUACUUAUUUCUUCCCUGAUCUUUCAGUUACGUCAUUAGCUAUUCGGCGAGGUUAGACUUUUUUUAUAACGAAAAAAACAUCAGCCUUUGAGCUUUUGGAUAAAGAUAGUAAAUAUUUGAUGACGAUUCCAAAAGCUUUGGAUAUUUCAGUAUUAAUUCAUCACGCUUCACUCACCUAUGUAACAAUCACAUCACUGCAUAAGAAUCGCAUUUUUAUAAUAUAGUAAUACAUUAUAGUAAUUUUAAAGGCACUAGAUAUCUAUAGUAAGUUUGUGUGUGCCUUAUGUAACCAAAAUAUAAUUUUACAAAAAUGACUGAUGAGCUUGUGUCACAUGUGCUUGUGCAAAUAUUAUAUAAAAUUUUGUAUACAGAAUCUCAACUUUUAUAAUGCAAUUUGAUAUUUAUACAUUAA